CAACAAGAUGACGAUACCGAUGAUAACGAGCAAUUAAUUGACGAAUUUGAAAAUUCAAAUAGCAUAUUUGGUAAUCUUGUAUUGAGUUGGUUAAAUCACGAUUACAAGGAUUAUGAAUUAGCUCUAGAAUAUACAAAUAAUGGUCGUAAUAUAGUGAUUAAGUACGGUAAAAGCAUAGGAUGCGAGUUAGAUAGAGUUUUACAAUCUUUAGAAUUGUGUAUGGCAAAUUGCUAUCUUAAUAUCGAUGUCAAGUAUCAUAUGGAUGCAUUACAGCUUUAUCAAAAAAUUUUGCAGAAAGAACCUGAUCAUGUCCUUGCCCUUCAGGGAGUUGGAAUGAUAUUGUCAGUACAAAAGCAAUUCGAAAAAUCCAUUGAAAUAUUUGAAAAGAUAUUACAACUUGACUCAGAAAAUUAUAUAGCUAAAAGUGAAAUAGGAUGGAUCCAUUUUUUAAAAGAGAACUAUGAAGAAGCUAUUAAAUUGACUCUGGAUGCUAUUGAGAUGUAUGAUGAAAGUGCACUUUGUUUUUAUCGUUUAGGUAGAAUAUAUUGGGCCAUGGGAGAACAACACCGUAAAGAUAAGAACUACGCAUACGCACAGUUCAUCAAAUCAGUAAAGCUUGAUCCACACUUUGCGAAAUCGUUUACAUAUCUCGGACAUUAUUACCGAAUUAUCGAGCAUGAUCAUGGGCGCGCAAAGAAAUGCUAUCAAAAAGCAUUUUCUAUUGAUGCGUGUGAUGAAGAAGCAGCUUCAGAAUUAAGCGAAUAUUUCCAGUCGGAAGGUGAAGGGAAUAUUGCGGAAGGCAUAUAUCGUACUGCCAAAGGAAAUUAUUCAGAAGCAAUAACAGAUUUUCAGACCGCUUUGAGAACUGAUACUAAGGAUAUCCGUUGCUGGGAAGGACUUGCAGAAGCUUAUCGUCAUGAAGGUCGAUAUAUGGCCUCAAUGAAAGCUUUUUUGCACACAACUGAGUUGGAUCCUUCAUCAGUAUAUACUCAUUAUCAAAUUGCUACAAUAAAGCAAAAAUUGGGUAUGUAUACUGAAGCAAUCGAUCAAUAUAAUUUGACUCUCGAAAAAGCGGAACUUAAAGGUGAAAAAGAUCACAUGCCGUCAUUGGAAGGUCUUGGAAAUUGUUAUCUGUCUUUAUCUAGAGAAUAUUUUCACACCGGAUUUUACGGUCGUGCAGCUGAAUCAAUAGGUCAUGGUGUCGCAAUAGUAGCACGUGCUAUAGAGACAAACAGUAAAUAUCUGUGUCUUUGGAAAUUAAUCGGUGAUUUUUGCAUCACUUCGAUAUCAUUGCCAAACUAUUUACAUUUGAUACCUUUGGCUCCAAUUAAAAGUCUUAUAGAAAUUGCUAAAAAACUGGAUAUAGAUGCUAAAUUACAUUUUCCCAAAGAUAUUGAUUAUAAUCUAUAUUUAGAUUCUGACAAAGAUAGUAUAACAAAUUCCGACAUGCUUCGGAUCAUUCUAGUUUGUGGUUGUCUCUCAUACAAAUAUGGCAUAAUAUUGAGUGGAAAUCGACCUGAGACUGCUCCUGCAUUGUGGUAUGAUCUGGGUGUAGCUUAUUAUAAAUCGUAUGAACAUUAUUCUAAGAAUAUUGGAGAGAAUGUAGAUGAUCACGUCAAUGAAACAUCAGUGACAAGUUAUUUAAGUAUUGGAAUUAGGUGCAUUAAGAUAGCAUUGAAAUUUGAACCAACGAAUUUUCAGUUUUGGAAUUCGCUUGGUGUUAUGACUCUUUUGGCAGAUACUAAAAUUAGCCAACACGCGUUCAUUAAGGCAAUUGAUUAUUCUGCAAAAAGUCCUGUGCCGUGGACAAAUCUUGGGCUCUUAUAUUUAUUACAUUCGGACUUGGACCUUGCUAAUCAAGCAUUUUCAACAGCUCAAUCUCUUGAUCCAGAUUAUGCACCAGCGUGGGUUGGACAAGCUUAUGUUGCAAAUCUUUGGGGAAGUAAUGAGUCUGCAGAAUUGUUUGAACAUGCUUAUGAAAUUAGUGGUGGUGGCCAUUCACUUGAAGCGGAUUAUGGUUUUGCAUAUCAGGCAUUUACACGAUACAAAAAUUCUCCAUCAGUGCACAAAACUUUGUUAAUGUCACCCACUUUUGCGUUGCAAAAACUUUCAGAACAAAAACCGGAUGAUGCUGCAUCACUAAAUCUAUUAGGCUUAUUGUUUGAACGACUUAAUCGACCAGAUAGAGCCGUUGAUGCAUUCAAUGAUGUGAUCGUUGCAAUUAAAAAAUCAUUUAAAAAGGAACAGCAGUCAGCAUCCCAUUCGGGGGCAUUAUCUGAAGAUUCACAAGAAUCGCGAUCUAGACAGAUAAUGUUAUUGCGAAAGCUUGCAUACGCACACGGAAAUCUUGGGAGAGUACUUUGUGCAACACGUAGUUUUUCUAGUUCCAUCAUAGCAUAUACGGAAGCUUUGAAAUUGAUUGAGCAACAAGAGAAUGGUUCAUCAACUUCGAUG